AUGAACACAGUAGCAUUAUGGCCUGUUGACUGGACUGGCGUCUUGCCUUGCAAGACACUCUGCAGGAUGUCUGCUGAGGACAUUCAUCAGAUUGAAGAGGCGCUCGAUGAAGAUGAGAGGGAGAUGCUGCUUUUUCUGUGCCGAGAUGUUGCUACGGACGUGUCAGCCUUUAACGUCAGGGACCUUUUGGACAGUCUAAUGGAAAGAGGAAAGCUGAAUGACAUGGGCUUGGCUGAGCUGCUCUACAGAGUGAGGCGGUUUGACCUGCUCAAGCGCAUCUUGAAGAUGGACAAAAGGACGGUGGAGGCCCACCUGCUCACGCACCCGCAUCUUGUUUCAGACUACAGGGUGCUGAUGACUGAGAUUGGUGAACAUUUGGAUAAAUCUGAUAUGUCCUCGUUAAUUUUUCUCAUGAAGGAUUAUAUGGGCCGAGGCAAGACAGCCAAGGAUAAGAGCUUCUUGGAUCUUGUGAUGGAAUUGGAGAAGCUAAAUCUGGUUGCUCCAGAUCAAUUGGAAUUAUUAGAAAAAUGUCUGAAGAAUAUCCACAGAAUAGACCUGAAGACAAAAAUCCAGAAAUACAAGCAGUCUGCUCAAGGAGCAGAAACAAGUUAUGUAAAUGGCCUCCAGGCAUCUCUCCCAAACUUGAGUCUUACGGAUCCUUCUCCAUAUAACAGCGGAAGGUUUCAGAAGGGGAGGAGUAAAGGACAAAGACUCAUGGUGAGAGAUCCUGGCAUUCAAAGAGAACCAAUGAAGACGUCGGUUCAAGAAUCAGGAGCAUUUCUGCCUCGGCCCCUCCCGGAGGACAGAUACCGGAUGCAGAGCAAGCCCUUGGGAAUCUGCCUGAUACUUGAUUGCAUUGGCAAUGACACAGACGCUCUCCGGAAGACCUUCACUUCCCUGGGCUUUGAAGUCUGGAGUUUCUCCCUUCUGACCAUGGAGGAUAUGAUUCAUCAUCUUUACCAAGUCGCCUAUAGGACGCACCACCAGGACAAGGACAGCUUUGUGUGCGUCCUGGUGAGCCGAGGGGGCUCGCAGGGCCUGCUUGGCGUGGACCGGACCCACGCGGGGCUGCCUUUGGAUCAGAUCAGGAGGAUGUUCAGGGGAGAUGCGUGCCCUUCUCUCUUGGGAAAGCCAAAGGUCUUUUUCAUUCAGAACUACGAGACAGCAGAGGGUCAGCUGGAGGACAGCAGCCUCCUGGAGGUCGACGGGCGAGCAGCGAGCAACAUGGAUGCCACGGCCUGGCAGCCUGAGCCCUGCACGGUUCACCCAGAGGCAGACUUCUUCUGGAGCCUGUGCAAGGCAGACGUGUCUCUGCUGGAGCGGUACCCCACCUUGUCAUCCCGGUACCUGCAGUGCCUCUCGCAGAAGCUGCAGCAGGAGAGACGACGGCCACUUGUGGAUCUCCACCUUGAACUGAACAGCAGUGUGCACGACUGGAACCUCGGAGUACCCGAGAAGGAGAAGUACCACGUCUCGCUGCAGCAUACCCUGAGAAAGAAACUCUUUCUCUCUGGCAAAUGA